CCUCCUCGACACCUCAUCAGCAUGUCCGACGCCGCCCCGCAGCUCGUUGACGACCCGUCCACGCCCGGCCGCAGCGUGCCCAAGAAGAAGGCCAACGCGCCCUUCCUGGCGCACCGCAACUCGCAGGCGGCCCGCGGCGCCGCCGAGGCCGCGCAGCAGCAGGCCGGCGCGCCACAGCGCAGCCUCGCCGCACGCAUCCUCAAGUGGAGCGUCGUGGCGCUGCUGCUCGCCAUCGCCGGCGGCCAGUUUGUCGCCGGCGAUCCGAUCUGGGGCUACCGCGGCAAGUACGUCAAGAAGCAUUACUGGUUUCCGCCGCCGCAGCGCCAGUUUACGCCGGCCGAGCUCGCUCUGUACGACGGCACGGACAAGACGCGACCGAUCUAUCUCUCGAUCAUGGGACAGGUCUACGAUGUGACCAAGGGACGGCGCAUCUACGGGCCUGGCGGGCCGUACGACUUCUUCGCGGGCCGGGACGCGAGCCGCGCGUACGUCACGGGCUGCUUCUCCAAGAAGAGCGGCCACCUGACGCACGACGUGCGUGGGCUCAAGGGCGAGGAGCUGCGUGCGCUUCUCGACUGGCGGACAUUCUUCGACAUCCACGACGACUACUUCCAGAUCGGCAAGCUGUCGCUGCCCAAGGUCGACACGUCCAAGCCGCCGCCGCCGCCGUGCGCCAGUCCGGUCGGCGCUGUGCCGGCAUGAGCGGCGUGCAGAGACGAACAAAAUGUGACCAUCGCAAUGCAUCGAACGCUGAUCAGCUCGCACACGCUGCCAGAUGCGGGGCCGGCGCGGGGUGCAGAUGCACGGAAGCGCGUGGGCACCUUGUAGCACCAGCGCCGAAGGCUGUGCCUUGCGUCUGAUCUUGCCUCGCAUGAUUGCC